CACCGCCCUCGCUGCAGCUCUCCCUUCCCCUCCCACCCCCUCUCUCCUCUCGCCUGAGUUUUCUCAGAGUUUUCAGACCUGGGCUCCGGUUCUGGCCUCUGGGGUUUAAGGACCCUGGGAUGGGGCCGUGACCUCCACACCCUGUCUAGAAGCUUACACCUUGCUCCAGCCUGAGGCCCUAUGGCUCCCUGGAUCUUCUAGUUAGACUCCUGCAACUUUGGACACUACUGCCACCACAGCUGUCCCAAGAGCCCCAAUGGGGGAGUGAGGGGCCCCCGCUGGCCGGAUAUGGGCCUCCCCACUGUGUCUGGCCUGCUGCUGCCACUGUCUGGGGGCUGGUCCAGAAGCAUGUGGGCUGUGGAAACCUGUGGAAUCUGCCCAGAAAACUCUGUUAGAGAGUCCGACUUGUGAAAUGAAGAAACCAAGUCCAGGACAAGCUUGUUGGGUGCUCCUGGCUCUGCUGGUGUGGAUACACUCAUCAGGUGUCAUUGGCCUGGUCCCUCCCUUUGGAGAUCGGGAGAAGAGGGACAGUCUGUGUCCCCAGGGAAAAUACAGCCACCCUAAAAAUAAUUCUAUCUGCUGCACCAAGUGCCACAAAGGGACCUACUUGUACAAUGACUGUCUGGGCCCAGGGCUAGACACAGACUGCAGAGAGUGUGAAAAUGGCACCUUCACCUCUUCUGAGAACUACCACCGGAAGUGCUUCAGCUGUUCCCGAUGUCGGGAAGAACUGUUCCAGGUGGAGCUUAGUUCUUGUACAGUAGACCGGGACACCGUGUGUGGCUGUGGGGAGAACCAGUUCCGGGACUAUUUCAGUUCAAAACAUUUCCAGUGCCUCAACUGCAGCCUCUGCCUCAAUGGCACUGUGAUAAUCCCCUGCCAGGAGAGACAGAACACCGUGUGUACUUGCCACACAGGCUUCUUUCCAAAAGGGAGCGAGUGUGUCUCCUGCAGCAAAUGUAAGCAAGAUUCAGAGUGCACAAAGGUGUGCCCGCGCCCUGACCCUGUAAUUAAGCCCCCGCAGGACUCAGAUCUACUUCUGCCUCCAGGUACCACAGUGCUGUUGCCUCUGGUGAUCUUCUUGGGCCUUUGCCUUUUAUCCAUCUUCUUCAUCAUUUUGAUGUGCCGCUAUCCACGAUGGAAGCCUAAGCUCUACUCCAUUGUGUGUGGGAAAUCAGCUCCAGUGAAAGAGGGCGAGCUUGAAGGCAUCAGUACUAAGCCCUUAACCACGACCAAGGACUUCACCUCUGUCCCCAGCUCCAGCCUCACCCCUAGCUCCCCCCUCACUCCCCGUGUCUGGUCCGAUUUCAGGGAUGCGGCACCCUACAGUGUGGUGGCCCCACCAUCCGUGGGGCCCGAGCCCGUCUUCAGUUUGGCAAACACCUCUGAGCCCAUCCACACGGCCGCCCGCAAGAGACAGGACGGCGCUGGUGCGCAGGUCCUGGAUGGUGAAUGUGGUCGCUGGCAAGCCCAAUCACGCCCGGGGGAGGCCGCCGUCGGAGACUCACCCGCUUCAUCCCUCGCAGCCGAGCCCACGACGCUAUACGCCGUGGUGGACGGCGUGCCUCCGACCCGCUGGAAGGAGUUCAUGCGACGCCUGGGACUGAGCGAGCACGAGAUCGAGCGGCUGGAGCUGCAGAACCCGCGCUGCCUGCGCGAGGCGCACUAUAGCAUGCUGUCGGCCUGGCGGCAGCGCACACCACGACGAGAGGCCACGCUGGACCUGCUGGGCCGCGUGCUUCGCGACAUGGACCUCCAGGGCUGCCUGGAGGACAUCCUGGAGUCGCUGCAAGGCCCCGCCUCCCUGCUGCCCGCGCCCCACCUCCCCCGAUGAGGCCGCGCCCACAGUCCACCCGAAAGGCUAGGCCACGCCCCCUCGACGGGACCCUCUGAGGCCACGCCCCCAAAGAGUGAGGGCCCGCCCUAGGGUGUGGAUACUCUUUAGGGCGUCACGCCAAGGCCAUUGCGCAGGAUGCCCUGUGGACUACCCAUCCUCCUCGGCGAGGGCGAUCUUGGAGGACUAGGCCGAGAAGGCAGUCACUUAAUUGGUGCUACCCCCUCAGCGGGUGGACGGGCAUAGUUUUUUCUCAGCUGCCUGUGUGCAGGUAGUGGAGAGUGCAGGUAGUGGAGCACGGGUCUGCUUGCUCACUGCCAGCAGAGAAAGGGGCAUUAUGCCUCAGGGGUGCAGCAAGGCUGCUUAGCGACCCUGGGUGGUCCCUGGGCCUUUUUCACAGUAGAUAAGCAAGCUUUGUCUCAAUCUUAUCACACUAAUGGAAACAGCCUGGAUGGUCCCCAGGCAGGAGCAAGCACAGAACAGUGGGACCUCCAGCUGGAGCCGUGGACUUAUGUAAAUACACUAAAACUCUGAAAUUAAA